CAGAUCCUGGGAGGCUGCAGAAGCGGCCGGUAUCCGGACUGUGGGUCCCCUGCGGCCAGUAUUUUGUAUUAUGAUUUCUCAAAAGAAGACAGAAGAGCAUCCUUUUGCAGAUAUAUUUGAUGAAGAUGAAACUGAAAAAGAUUUUUUGUUGUCCAAACCUGUUUGCUUCAUUAUAUUUGGGAAACCAGGAGCUGGGAAGACAACAUUAGCCAAUCAGAUAGCACAGACAUGGAAAUGUGUUCGUGUUGAAGCUUUACCUGUUUUGGAGGAAAUGAUUGCUACUGAAUCUGAAUCAGGAGCUAUGCUGCGGUCAAUGCUGAUCAGUGGUAACAGUGUUCCAGAUGAACUUGUCACAAAGCUAAUGUUGGAGAAGCUCAACUCCUCAGAAGUCUCUCACUUUGGUUAUAUUGUCACCGAAAUACCAUCACUUUCAGAGGAUGCCAUGACGGUUUUGCAGCAAGUAGAAUUAAUUAAAAAUUUAAAAUUGAAGCCUGAUAUUAUAAUCAAUAUUAGGUGCCCUGACUAUGAUUUAUGCCAAAGAAUUUCUGGGCAAAGACAGCACUGUAAUACAGGGUACGUAUACACUAGAGAUCAGUGGGAUCCUGAAGUCAUUGAGAGUCAUAGGAAAAAGAAGAAAGACACCCAUAAAGAAGGAAAAACUGAAGAGGAAGGAGAAGAGGAAGAAGAGCAAGAGGAGGAAGAGGCAUUUAUAGCUGAAAUGCAGAUGGCAGCUGAAAUUCUUCAUCAUCUAGUUCAGAGGCCUGAGGAUUAUUUGGAAAAUGUCGAAAACAUUAUUCAACUUUAUAAGGAAACAAUCCUUAAUUGUUUAGAAGAAGUAAUGGCUGAACAUAAUCCCCAGUUUCUCAUUGAGCUAGAUGGAAAUAAGCCACCAGAGGAGCUCUUUAUGACAGUUAUAGAACGACUCAAAUAUCUGAACCUAAAAAGAGCAGCUGUUGUGACCAAACUUCAGAGUUCAGAGGAAGAAAUGAAUGAUAUAACGGAAACUGACGAGCUAUUUCGUACUCUCUCAGCUUAUAAACUUAUUGCACCAAGAUACAGAUGGCGCAGAAGCAAAUGGGGACGCACAUGUCCUGUGGCUUUAAAAGAAGGUAACAUUUAUUCAGGAUUACCAGAUUUUUCUGUGAGUUUUCUAGGUAAAAUAUACUGUCUUUCAUCAGAAGAAACAUUAAAAAGUUUUUUAUUGAAUCCACGUCCAUUUCUUCUUCCACCUAUGCCAAUACCGCCAUGUAAAAUAUUCAUCUUUGGACCUCAAUAUUCAGGGAAAACGACACUUAGCCAUUUGAUUGCAAACUAUUACAAAGGAAAGGUCAUUGACUAUACCACAGUCGUUCAGCCAAUUUUUGAUGCAGCCCGUGAAUCAUUAAUAGAAAAUUCUAUAGCCGAGGCCACUGAAGCAGCUAUCAAAGUGGUGAAAGAAAAUCUUCUUGCAGAACUACAAGCUAAAAGACAAGCUGAGAAAAAAUUAAGAGAAUUCGAAAAAGAAUUGGAAAAAAAGGAGGAUGGAGAUGCAGUUAAUGAAGAAGCACACCGUCAAGAAUCUCAAACAAGCACUUCUUUAGAGGACACUGAAGAAGUCAAAAGAAAGUCAGACAAUACCCUUGAUGAGAAAGAAAUCAAUGGAACAUCUUCAGAGCAAAGGCAUUCUCAAGAUCCUAUUAAAAAUCAAAAUUUGAAUUUAGACUCAGAAGAUUCAAUUGAAGAGGUAACUGCAGAUCAUCCAGCAGUUAUUUCCAUGCUUGAAGAGAGUCUAAAAGCAACAUCGGAUAUGAACUUUGAAAAUCCCUAUGAAAAGCAUGCUGAAAUCUUGGAGGAAAUCCUCAAAGAAGUGAUGGAAGAAAAUAAAGAUAGGUUUUCUGGAGCCCCCCAAAAUGGAGGAUGGAUCUUGGGCAACUGCCCUCUUAUAAAGGAACUGUGGAUUGCCUUAAUUGAUAAAGGAAUUUUACCUGAUUUGGUAAUCCUUUUAUCAGAUACAGAAAACAAUGGAAAAUGUUUACUUAACAGAAUAUAUCUAAGGCAUAAAUCUGAAAUCAAUGCUAAGAUUUUAGAAAGAUUAUUAGAUGAACUACAAAAGAAAAAGCAGGAAGAAGCAGCAGAAAGAAGAGCCAAAGAAGAAGAAUUGAGAAUAGAAGAAGAAAAGCAAAGGCUAUUGGAAGCCAUAAACAAGAAAGCAAAAGAAAUUGAUGCUAUUUAUCACGAUCCUGAUGAAGAACUCGAAGGUGAGGACUAUGAUGUCCAUGAAGAAUCUGAAGUGCCUGAAAACAGACCGUCAUUAGUACCUGAAGAUUUGGAAAUGCCUGAAACAGAACAUAAAUUAGCCUCUGAGCCUAGUGAGGAUACUACAACAGGAACAGAAAUUACAAAAGAAUCCAAAGAGAUCAUGGAGAGUAAAGAAUCUGAAACAGUUGUACUGCCUGAGUUUCCAGAAGACACUUAUCCUGAUGUUCCUGAAAUGGAGCCAUUUAUAGAGCAGAUUAAUGCUUUCAAUACCACCUGGAAAACACUGGAAUCAGCAAUUAGUGAGGCUGGCGUUCAAAUUUUAAACUUGGAGAUUUCUGGGAAAACACCAAAGGAACUAUUUCAAAAAGUAGUCAACACUAUGGAAAAACCUUUUCAGUAUAGUGCAUGGGAGUUAACUAUAGAAGAUUAUGAUGAAGAAACAGAAGACUAUCAGGCUGAAGCUGACAUUGAUGAGGAUUUGGAUGAAGAGGAAGAAGAAGAGGAAGAGAGUGAAGAAAGAAUUAAAGAGAAAAGGAGGCAUUUGGGAGACACAAAGUCCUUCUGUCCAGUGGUUCUCAAAGAAAACUUCAUCUUACAACCAUGUAGCACAGAAGAAGCAGCUAAAUACCGAGAAAAGUUCUACUACUUUUCGAGUGCUGAGGCUAGAGAAAAGUUUCAGGAGAAUCCUGAAGACUAUGUGGCUCACAGCGAACCAUUAAAGGCUCCUCCACCAAGAAUAUGCCUUAUGGGCCCCCGUGGCUCUGGCAAAACUGUGUGUGGAAGACAUGUGGCAGAAAAAUUUGGCAUUUUUCACAUUCAGUUUGAAGAAGUUCUUCAAGAAAAAUUACUACUCAAAACUGAAAGGAAAUUUGGACCUGAAUAUGAGGAAGAUUCUGAUGAGGAACAAGUUGCAAAACAAGAACUUGAAGAACUUGCAGCUCAGGCCAAUGUUAAGAUUGAGGAUGAAAACGCAAAGACUCAGCCUCCAGAAGUACAACUUACAGAAGAAGAAGAAAUAAUCAAAUCAAGUCUAGUGGAAAGUGAGCCAUUGCUGCCUGAAAUUCUCGAAGUCAUUCUUUCUGAAUGGUGGCUUAAAGAACCAUUCCGCUCCACAGGUUUUAUACUGGAUGGUUUCCCACGGUAUCCUGAAGAGGCCUUGUUUCUAGGGGACCAUGGAUUUUUCCCAGAUACUGCUGUUUUUAUACAAGUUGAUGAUCAAGAUAUUUUUGAUCGCCUCCUUCCCUCCAAAGUCGAAAAGUGGAAGCAGAAACAAAAGAAGAAAUUGGAAAGGAAAAAACUCAUCAAAGACAUGAAGACAAAAAUCAGAGAUGACAAUAUUGCCAAAAGAAGGGCUGAGCUUAUUGCAGAGAAAGACAAAAGAAAAAAAGCAGAGGGUGGAUUUAGAGAAGAUGAAGAAGUUAGUGAGGAAGAGCCUGAUGAUGAUGAAGAUGAUAUUGAAAACAUCCUCGAAGAAGAGUUUCCAAAAGAUGAAGAAGAAAUGAGCGAGGAAGAUGAAGAACAGGAAAUUGAUGCAAUUGACCGCCUGAGAAGUGAACUGGGAGAAAAAUUUGAAACAGAAAUGAGUAAUUUACAAAUGAUACAGGAUGAAUUUGAGAAGUUUUUAAUACCAAUGAUUCAUAUUAAUGGAGCUCGGAAAAUCCACAUUGUACAAUAUAUAUUGCAUACAAAACUGAAGCCAUUGGUGGAAAAUCGUGAGAGCAUUUUUGAGAAAUGUUAUCCAAUAUCCACACAGCUUGCCCAGAAAAUGCUUACCUUUACCUACAAGUAUAUAAGUUCAUUUGGUUAUUGGGACCCUGUAAAGUUAUAUGAAGGAGAAAUAUUCAAGCCAGUUGAAAAUGCAGAGAAUCCACUUUAUCCUGUAAUCCAUCGUCAGUAUAUUUACUUUUUAUCUAGUAAGGAAACUAAAGAUAAAUUCAUGAAGAACCCAAUCAAAUAUAUACGCCAGCCCAAACCUAAGCUUACUGUGCCUAUUAGGAUUGUAAUUGUGGGGCCUCCAAAAUCUGGGAAAACUACAGUGGCCAAAAAACUCGCAAGUGAUUAUGGCUUAAAACAUUUGUCAAUAGGAGAUGCUUUGCGUACUAUAUUGAACAAUCAUGCAGAAACAGAGCUGGGAUUGAUGUUAAAUUGGCAUCUCCAUAAAGGAAUGGUAGCACCUGAUGAACUGGCCAUCCAAGCCUUAGACCUUGCUCUGAUGGACAGUGUGUGCAAUACUUCAGGCGUUGUCAUCGAUGGGUACCCUGUAACUGCAUAUCAGAUGAAUCUCUUGGAAACCAACUCCAUCAUUCCCAUGAUCAUCUUUGAGUUGGAUGUGCCUUCCAAGGAGAUCUUCAAAAGAUUGUUCCUGGAAAAAAAAAGUGAACAAAAUUUGCCUUAUCCAUUGCACAACAGUGCUCAGAUUAUAGCUAUCAAGAAUGCAAAGUACCGUAAAAAUAUUGGUGAGAUUAGGCAAUAUUAUCAAGAACAGCAUCAGAACUGGUAUGUGAUUGAUGGACUUCACAGUAAGUGGUGGGUGUGGAAUGAAGUCACUAAGAAAAUUUACAUGAUAAACAAACACAUGCAGACAUACCUGGAAAGAAUACGAGAAGGGAAAGCUGCCCUCAUCAACAAGUUGUGUAUCACACCUCAAGAACUGAUUUCUCGCCUGGGAGAAUUUGGACAGUUCUGCCCUGUCAGCCUGGCAGAAUCAUAUGAAUUAUGUGACUGCUCUGUAACUGACUCCUUGGAAUUUGCAGCAGAGUUCAGAGGUCACUAUUAUAAAAUGAGUUCCCAGGAAAAACUAAAUAAAUUUUUGGAGAACCCAGAAUUGUACGUGACUCCCUUGGCACCUCAUCCACUCCCACCUGCUGACAGGAUUCCCAAAAGGCUGACGCUGUCAGAGCUGAAGAGUCGAUUCCCCAAGUGUGCAGAACUCCAGGGCUACUGUCCGGUGACCUAUCAGGAUGGAAAACAAAGAUAUGAAGCCCUCGUACCUGGUAAUAUUAAUUAUGCUGUAGAAUACCGUGAUCGUAUAUAUAUUUGUGAGAGUAAAGAAAAACUUGAUAAAUUCCUGAGGUUUCCACUGAAAUACUGGGAUCAGAAGCUUCCACACAAACUACCUCCACUAAAGGAACCAAUAAACCUUACUAGUCUCCCUUUGCCUGGCUAUCUGGAACAGGGUACUGCAUCUUCUUUAAUUAAAGCAAUGAAUGCAGCAGGAUGCCUGAAGCCCAAAUUCCCCUUCUUAAGUGUACAGAGAUCUGCAUUGUUGUAUAUAGCAUUCCAUCUAAAAGCAUUUAAUCCCAAAGGUUCUGAAUAUACAAGAAAAAAGUAUAAGAAGAAGAUGGAACAGUUUAUGGAGAGAUGUGAACUCAUAACGUACCUGGGUGAUAAGAUGACCAGACAAUACAAGGAACCUCAGUUUAGAGCAAUUGACUUUGAUCAUAAAUUACAGACCUUUCUCUCCCUUAAAAAUAUAGACCCACUUAGUGGACAGUUUGCUUAGGUUUCCACAAUCUGAAUCUCAAGAGUUAUCUCCAGGUGAUAGAAGAAAGUUGAGAGAAAACUGAAAAAUCUCUCCCUCUCUGAAGUACAUUUCCUUCCCUGAGUGACGUUCCAUGGUUUCCAGAAUUCAAAUGGUCUCAAACGUCUACUAGCCAGGAAAAGUUGCUCUUCUGUAAGAAUAAGUUUGAAUAUAAUUUUAAAGUGUAUUGCUCCUUGCCUGAAACUUUGAUGCUUUAACAAAACAGACAUUUAUUUAAUUUCAUUUAGGAUAUUUAAAUAACCUAUUUUAUUUAAUAAACUUAUUUUCCUUUCUAAAUUUUCAAUAGAAAAAUCUAUCUCAGUUAAAAUUACUCAUAUAAAAUGUUAGAAAGCUUUGAGAAGCAAAAUUAACAUUGAUAUAAACCAGAAAUUUUGUUUAUACUUUUCACAUAGGAGUUGUUUAUAAACUUUGUGAACAUAACACACUAUCAUUUUCCCGACAAAAUAAAUGGGUAAUUUUGAAGUAA